AUGCUGGCAAAGAUCUCUACCACAUGGAAACCCCUUCAGCUGCUGGGCCCUGAAAUUUUAUUCAGCAGUUUGAAAUCAAGCCAUAGCUUUUCUCAUUCACCCUCCCACUUGGGGCUAAUGCACAGACAAGAACAUCUAUUGAGGAAAACCACAAAAAACUUCAAAACAGCUACAACGACUCUGCAGUCUACACUUCUCCUGUUACUGUUUGUGCCUCUGAUAAAGCCAGCACCACCAACUCAGCAGGACUCACGCAAUAUCUAUGAUUAUGGAACAGAUAAUUUUGAAGAAUCCAUAUUUAGCCAAGAUUAUGAGGAUAAAUACCUGGAUGGAAAAAAUAUUAAGGAAAAAGAAACUGUGAGAAUACCCAAUAAGAAAAGGCUUCAAUUACAAAAUGAUGAGACAAUAACACCAUUACCUCCCAAGAAAGAAAAUGAUGAAAUGCCCACGUGUCUGCUGUGUGUUUGUUUAAGUGGCUCUGUAUACUGUGAAGAAGUUGACAUUGAUGCUGUACCACCCUUGCCAAAGGAAUCAGCCUAUCUUUACGCACGAUUCAACAAAAUUAAAAAGCUGACUGCCAAAGAUUUUGCAGACAUACCUAACUUAAGAAGACUUGAUUUUACGGGAAAUUUGAUAGAAGAUAUAGAAGAUGGUACUUUUUCAAAACUUUCUCUGUUAGAAGAACUUUCACUUGCUGAAAAUCAACUACUAAAACUUCCAGUUCUUCCUCCCAAGCUCACUUUAUUUAAUGCAAAAUACAACAAAAUCAAGAGUAGAGGAAUCAAAGCAAACGCAUUCAAAAAACUGAAUAACCUCACCUUCCUCUACUUGGACCACAAUGCCCUGGAAUCCGUACCUCUUAAUUUACCAGAAAGUCUACGUGUAAUUCAUCUUCAGUUUAACAACAUAGCUUCAAUUACAGAUGACACAUUCUGCAAGGCUAAUGACACCAGUUACAUCCGGGACCGCAUUGAAGAGAUACGCCUGGAGGGCAAUCCAGUCAUCCUGGGAAAGCAUCCGAACAGUUUUAUUUGCUUAAAAAGAUUACCUAUAGGGUCAUACUCUUAACUUCUGUCAGUACAACAUAUAAACUAAAGUACAUCUACACUUAUAGUCUGUCUCAACAAUGUGUAAAGGAACCUAAGUAUUGGUUUAAUAUUAACUUUGAAGAAAUUUGAUAUUUUAAGCAAGGAUGUUCAAAAUCUUACAUAUAAUAAGUAACAAGUAAGAUUGAAUGUCUACAGUCAAAACAAAGUAAUGUGAAAAUAUCUAAACAGCAUUAUAAAAUCCUAGUUUAUACUAGACUACCAUUUAAAAAACAUGUUUUUAUAUAAGUGCUCAAAUUUGAGAUGCAUUAUUCCUACUACUAAUGAUGUAAGUAAGUGGAUAAAUCCAAUAAAUUUUCAAUUCUUUGUCUUUCCUGGCCUUUACUGGAUCCCAAAAGCAUUUAAGGUACAUGUUCCAAAAACUUUGAAAAGCUAAAUGUUUCCCAUGAUCAUCCAUUCUUCUUUCAUGAUUCAUACAUUAUUCCUUAUAAAGUUAGAACUUUGUUUUCCUAUCAAGGCAGCUAUUUUAUUAAAUUUUCACUUCGUCUGAGAAAUAUGGCAUAGUCUCAUAUGUAGGCAAACUUUCCAAAUAAAAUAAAUGUUAUUCUCUGAUAAAGAGCCAAUACA